GAGCCACUGUUUGUGCUGAUCAAAUAUGUUCCUUUUGGGGAUCUGCUGGGUUACCUGAGAAAGAGCCGUGAGUUAAAUGAUACUUACUACAAAGACCCGGAUAUCAAACCACAAACAAAUUUGACCUCACAGCAGCUGAUGAAGUUUGCUUGGCAAAUCGCUGAUGGAAUGUCCUAUUUGUCAUCGAUACCAGUGAGUGAUGGGAUUAUUCUUUGAAAGAAGUCCUUAUAGAAUAAGGCCCAUUUGUCACUUAAUAACCUCACUUUCCAUUGAAUCGUGGACUCACUGCCUAGGAUGUCAUCUCAUGUCAGCUGAGUCACCCUAAAGUCUCUCGUUUCGUUAAAGGGAGUUUUUUAAAGGAAACGUUUUCUCUUUGUUUAAGGUUAUUUAUAGAGACCUUGCAGCUCGCAAUGUUUUGGUUGGAGAAGAGGAAACAUGCAAAGUGACGGACUUCGGAAUGGCCAGAGAUGUGCAGGAGGACAAUAUUUACGAAAGAAAAACGAGGGUAUUUAUGAUUUUAAGAAACAUGUAAUGUUCUUGUAAGCCUUGGGACCUUGGAGUGACUGCUUAAAGAAAACAAGCUCAGUAAAUCCUGUUCAGUUUUCAGGAACUUUCGUUACAGUGUUCUCGCCAUUAGGAGCAUUAGUACCUUUUAAGGACCACGCCAACUUCUUGCAUUUUUUUCUUAUUCAGGGGCGUCUUCCUGUAAAAUGGACUGCCAUUGAGGUUUUGCUCUACGGACAAUAUUCUGCUAAGAGUGAUAUGUGAGUACAAGGAAGACAUGAACACUGUACUAAGCUUAAUGAGAAUGGUUUUGUAUGAACAGUUUUCAGGUCUGCAAAAAGUUAUUUGGUUACUUUUGUAUUUUGGUCUUUUUAUUUUGCUGGUUAUCUCAGUGAGGAGUGUUUAUCCUCUUUUGUUAUGGGUAGUGACCAGGGAUCAACUCCUAUGGCCUGUUUACUGUGCAUUUUUCCCUCCCCACCCCAUCUCCCCUUCCCUUUACCACUAAAGAUGUUUUAAUUACAUUUUUUGCAGGGAAGAAAUUUUACUUCCUUAAAUUUAUCCAAGUGGAGCUACGGAGUUCUCCUCUAUGAAAUUUUCACGAUUGGUAAGUUACUAAGCAGAUUACCAGUCCAGUAAUUUUAGCCACAGCAGUUGAGGGGAAACGAACUCAUAAAGUAAGCAGCGUGUUCCAGUCUCUGUAGAAUUAAUUUUUGGUCUUACCAAGCAAAUUUAGAUUGCCAAAGUCGCUGGCCUUAAGCGAAAAAAAAAUAUAUAAAUGGAAAUACAUAUGUAGAGCAUUUCAUUUUAGAUCAUGUUAACAGUACCUGCUCUAUUCAGGUGGUUCACCGUAUCCAAGGAUGGAUGGAAGAAAAAUUGCAAACUUACUUCAAGAGGGAUACAGAAUGCCUAAACCACAACAUGUGGAUGCUAAGUUGUAUGAUAUUAUCAUGUUAUUGUUUCCCGAUGGCUUUUAUCGACAUUAGUAUUUGUGCCGCUUUUUGUUCGAGUUGCAUGUGCGCCUUCAGAUUAAACCAUCUUCACUUGUUGAACCAGCCUAACGAAGGGAACUGAAAGAAGUGUACCAUCACAUGUUCAUCUCUGUUGUAUAAAUGUUUUGGAUUUUUUUUUUCAUAAAAAUAAUGCUUUUUUAUACUAAAAGCUUGUUCAGUUAGUAUAGGUCCAACCGUUUCUAGUUAAACUUUUUUAUUGACAUCUCUUCAGGUAUGACAUAAUGACAAAGUGUUGGAAAGACGACCCGAACACGAGAUCAUCUUCUAAAAAUUUGAGGAAAGAACUCAAAGAAAUGGAAAAUCAGCACAAGGUACGAUUGUAGAUUUACAAGGAGAGUCUGUUUUUUUUUUCUUUUCGAAGUUUGAUUGUUAGAAUCUACCACCAUCAACUAAACUUCAUCAUGAAGGCUUUGAAGCGUAGUUUAUGGUUUCAAUUGAUUUCGUUUCAGAGCAGUUUUCAAUUUAGUGUCGAAAAUGGAAAUCUAAAUUGAAAACUAAAACUAAUCCUAAUCUGAUCUCGCGCGUUUUUCCCGCUUCAAGGAGGUUGCCUGAUUCUUCUUUGAUUCUAUUGGUUAAUAAUGAUGUUUACCUUUGUUCUGAUCGAUAGUUGUGAAUACUUUGAGUUUAGAUUUUCAAGGGUUAGAGUUUGUUAGUUUUUCGACAAUCAUUGUAAGACUUCUCUAUCUAAAAUUAAUUGUAUUAGCAAUAUACUCUCUUUCUAGGAAAAAAUGAAGAAACCCAUCGAAAGCUUAACAGAGUAUGAUACAAUUUAUACCCAUCUUUCAUAUUUUUCGUGCCUUUUUUUUUUACAGAGGCUGAUAAACUUAAAAAAUUACGAUGAUCGACUCUACGUAAAUGUUGACGAUCUUGCCGUGUGA